UUUCCUAAUAAAUUAAUGAAACAUUUUAUUGAAGAUAAAAAAAUUAAUACCUUAACCAUUUUUACAGAUGAACAAGAAGACGAAGAUGCCAUAGUCAACAGGAUUUCGGCCUGCUUGUUCAACAAGUUAAUGACCCUUUUCACAGAGUUGUUUUUGAGCACGUUCACUCUGGCAGUUUCAGCUGGGGCUGUUUUGCUUUUACCCUUUUCAAUAAUCAGCAAUGAAAUCCUGCUUUCUUUUCCUCAGAACUACUAUAUUCAAUGGCUAAAUGGCUCCCUGAUUCAUGGCUUGUGGAAUCUUGCUCCUCUCUUUUCCAACCUUUGUUUAUUUGUGUUGAUGCCCUUUGCCUUUUUCUUUCUGGAAUCAGAAGGUUUUGCUGGCCUGAAAAAGACUAAGGUCCAAGGGGAGAAGCAGCUUGAGGAAGGACACAAGAAGGGAAUCCGAGCCCGAAUUUUAGAAACUCUGGUCAUGCUUGUCCUGCUUGCGCUCCUCAUCCUGGGGAUGGUGUGGGUGGCCUCCGCGCUCGUUGACAAGGACGCCGCGAGCAUGGAGUCUUUGUACGAUCUCUGGGAGUUCUACCUACCCUAUUUAUAUUCCUGUAUAUCUCGGACGGGAUGUUUGUUACUUCUCUUGUGUACCCCUGUUGGCCUUUCCCGCAUGUUCACAGUGAUGGGUCAGUUGCUGGUGAAGCCAACAGCACUGUUCUGGGGUUGGGGACCCAGCGGUGAGGAAGCACGGUCCCUGCUCACGUGGGGCUGGCCGGAGCAGAGGUCAAACGAGGACUUCACGUCCCUGGCGAGAGUCUCUGAUCAGGUCACAGCCCCGGGCGUCCCCACCCCUGCUUCCCAAACAAGGCUCAAGGUGGACAAGCAGACCAUGGAUGUUGGAAUUCGAGACUUGUACCUUAAACACUGUAUACGUGUUGACCCCCAAACUCCCCUUUAUGGAUUCUGUUGCAAAUAGGGGAUUAUGGACACGGGUCUUCCCUCCACAAGCUGGGAUUGAGCUGCUCACAGUAGGUGAUGGGUGCACCUGCAGGCUGGGAUGGGUGCUGCGCACUGUCCUCCCAGACAGGGGUGCCGUCACCCUUUCCUCCAGGGGACCUCCGCUUCCUCACGUUCUCCCCAGGGCUGCUGGUCCCCAGACCAGACACCUGCCGGUCUGAGGGUGACCAGCGCUGCCUCCAUAGAGUUUUUUUUUUUUGCCAGAGUCCUUCCCUGGUAGCUGCGCUUCUCUGACUACCCCCGUGCCUGUCCCCACUUGGACUUGCAUGCGUGUGGUCUCUCCCUGUGGAACCCAGUGACUUGGAGCGUGGUUUGGACCAGAGUCCGCUGAAACCUUUCUCUGGCCUGGGGUUGUGAGCAAUGCAUUGCCCUUUGGGGUGUGUCUUCCAGCUUUCUGCAUUUCCCUGGUUUCUGUGUGGGCCACAGGAGGAACCAGCCCUGUCCUGUCUGGGGUCAGGCUGAGGUGUCCCAGCAGGAACAGGGGUCUCGGCCCCAAGAUUGUGCCCAUAAUUCCUAAAGUGGCCUCUCUGAUUACGUCUGAUCUGUAACCCCCAGGCAUUUCAAUAUCGAAUAAGGGAAAUUCUGUGUCCAAUAAAUACAGAAGGAAACGAGUUCCCUUUGAAAAUAGGGGGGCAGACGCAAAAGCCCCUAUUGCGUGAUUCCACGUACAGGAAACACCCAGGAAAGGAACAGAGAGAGAAAGCAGC